AAGAGAAAGAGAGGGGGAGGAGGAAAAGGAAGAGUAGAGGGGGGGUUGAAACACUCCCUGAGAUGGCAUUUCUCAGAGUGUCCCACAGAGUGCUCUAUUCCCACAGUGGGACGGGCACGAGGGGGCCUGCGUUGUAUAUGAACUCCAGUAUUUGCAUACUCCAGUUUUACAUAGAGAUACACUGCCAUUUUUCUCAAUUGCUCAGUAUAUCCCCACUGUCAUACAGACACCAGAGCUGGGCUACAUCUACAGGACCCCUGGGCCACGGUAUAACAGCCCACUCAUUCAUCUGAAGAGGACAAGACCACAGAAGACUCAACCCAAGACAGUCUCAUAAGUCAGAAGUCAGACAGUGUUGGCGUCGAGUGAUGGGGGACUGGAGUCUCUUGGGUAAUUUUCUGGAGGAGGUGCAGGAGCACUCCACAAUAGUGGGGAAGGUUUGGUUGACCGUGCUGUUCAUCUUCCGUAUCCUGGUGCUGGGCACGGCUGCAGAGUCAUCAUGGGGCGAUGAGCAGUCUGACUUCAUGUGUGACACACUACAGCCCGGUUGCACCAACGUCUGUUAUGACCGAGCUUUCCCCAUUGCCCAUAUCCGCUACUGGGUGCUGCAGAUCGUCUUCGUAUCAACACCAUCCCUCAUCUACAUGGGCCAUGCCAUGCACACUGUCCGCAUGGAGGAGAAACGGAAACGGAAGGAGCAAGAGGAGAAGGGUGAGGAGGGCAAAGGAGAGAAGGAGUAUUUGGAACAGAAAGAGAAAUUAAAAGUUCCAAAGACAAAUAUCCGCCUUAAGGGGGCACUGCUGCAGACGUACGUCCUGAGUAUUGUGAUCCGCUUGGUCAUGGAAGUGACCUUCAUUGUUAUCCAGUACAUGAUGUAUGGAAUCUUCCUGAAUGCUCUGUAUCCUUGUAACAUGUCACCUUGUCCCAACCGUGUGAAUUGUUACAUGUCCCGUCCAACUGAGAAAAAUGUUUUCAUUGUUUUUAUGCUGGCAGUGGCAGCUGUUUCACUGUUCCUCAGUGUGCUAGAACUGUACCACCUUGGAUGGAAACAGUGCAAGCAAUGCCUUCGAAAAUACGCCAACAAACAUGCCACUGAUGUCAAAAGCAAAACCGUUAAAGCUGUUUCUGUAGCCCAAACCGGCAAGACGAGUAUUCCAAUGGAACUGCAUGAAACGGCACAUCCACAUCCCUCCCAAACAUGCACCCCACCCCCAGAUUUCAACCAGUGCCUAGCGUCAAGCCAAGGUCCAACAUCAGCCCCACAUCUGCAUCACCAUCACCUUCAUCACAUCCACCAAACCUGCCAGCCCUUCACCAACCGCCUGGCACACCAGCAGAACUCUGUCAACAUGGCCACUGAGCGGCAUCACCACAGCCACGAUGAUCUGGAGCCGGCCGUAGACUUCCUGCAGAUGAGCUACGAGAGUCCUGAGACUCGAGUCCUGGGUGAUAUGACACACAGCGCCCCCUCCACGCCAUCCCCCCAACCAGGCUACUUCAGAGACAAGCGCCGGCUAAGCAAGACCAGUGGUACUAGUAGUAACCGAGACAGACCAAGUGAUCUGGCCGUGUAGGUUGGAUUAAAGGACCACCCGGAAAAAGAGAAGCUGGGAGUGUGAACUAGCCUUAAGAUGUGAGAUAUGGAUGCGAGGGGUGUGGAUGCUUGUGAGUGUAUGAAAAUACUUGUGUGUUGGUACUAUGAGAUGGGAUAUUUCAUUUCUUUGGGAUAAGAAAGGCUUAAAUAAUACCAUGAAUCAGAGGAUAAUGGGAGUGUGUAAGACAGAGAAUCUGUAUCAAUCUGGUUUCAUUGAAACUGUUGUUGUAAGUGAAUGUAAAUUUUAAUAGGCUGGAUCAGUUAAUCCUGAAUAAAAGGGUGUUAAUAUAUAGAUGAAUGGAUGGAUGAAUGGAAGAUAAAAGGACUACUGAAAUAACUUUGUGGCAUUUACAAGAUAGUACUGGAUAGUUUUGCACACUGAUAAAGUUAAUAUUUUAAGAAAAAUAGUUUUGAUUUAGGUUUUUGUGUUCUGUAAUUCAAAACACUCCAAUCAAACACUUUAUUUGAGUCAAAAAGCAAUAAAGCACUUAAACAUAUCUUAAUAAAGAUCAUUGCAAAAAAAAAGAAAGAAAAAGAAAAAAAAACAUUGUAAAUAAAAAAUAAAAAAAGAAAGAAAAAAACACACCAUGCUUUAUGUGUGAUGAUUUUACUAAAAUUUAUGAAAUUUAUUAGCAAUAAAUGACUACAGAAAAGUUUAUGUGAAAUAAAUAGCAUUUAAUUCUAUGAGGUGACUUAAGAUAUUCCUAAUAUUAUGAUCAAUUCACCAGGAAUGCAAACGUGUGAAUUAUUAAGACACAAGAGUUACUGGCUACAGAAGUGAGGCUAUACUUAAAUGAGAUAUAAAAACAGAGGAAGUCUCAAAUCAUUUUUGCCAUUUUGGCAUUAAGGCAAAAAAUAAACAAAUAAAUAAAUAGGCCUAUUGAAAAAAAAAAAAAAACCUUUUGUAUGCCUAUUGAAAGUGCCUUGAAAGAG